AUGCUUGAAUGUAUUUUUGCCGACGAUCUUUUCAUUCUAAGACCUCGCGACAUCCUCCGUUGCACCUACGGUUACCCCUAUGAAGGAACUUCCCGUGAAGCUCUUCGAGUCUUCAGCGACUCCUUCAAUAAUGCAACCUCCAUCCCACAACACAUCGACACUGCCAUUCACGCCGACCUCUCCUUCGGAGGUAGUCCUGUUCUCCCCACCAUGCUCCUUGGUACCAUAGCUAUUCACAACUACGUUGACCCAUCGGUCAUCGAGGACAUAAGAGCUCACAAUCAAGCUCGUCUUCAUAUGUGGCUGGAGUCCGACGACGUCCUCCACACCCUCGAACAACCACCAGUGCCUUCACACUGGCGCCUCAACAAUCUUACCUACCUCACCAGAAUAACUCAUUAUCGUGACCAAGAG